UGGCGCCGCCGCCGCCGCUCGGCCCCGGCGCGGCGCGGGCCGCAGCCUCGAGUUCCGUCGCUCCGGUCGCCGCCGCUGCCGCCGCCCAGGCGCCCGGUGCCGCCGCCGUCCUUUCCCCGCCUCCUCCGGGUCGCCCCGGCCCCUUCCCCCGCCGGGGCCCAUCGGCCCGGCCCGGCCAUGGCCACCAAGAAGGCGGGCUCGCGGCUGGAGACGGAGAUCGAGCGGUGCCGCUCGGAGUGCCAGUGGGAGCGGAUCCCCGAGCUCGUCAAGCAGCUCUCGGCCAAGCUCAUCGCUAACGAUGACAUGGCAGAACUUCUUCUUGGGGAGUCCAAACUAGAACAAUUUUUGAAGGAAAAUGCUCUUAAACAGAACAGUAGUCCACGGGGGCCCCGGCCAAAGCUGACUGAGGUCAGGAAACACCUUACAGCAGCACUUGAUAGGGGAAACCUAAAGCCAGAAUUCUUACAAGAAGCUAACCUAAUUAUGGCCAAGUUAAACUAUGUGGAAGGUGAUUACAAAGAAGCUCUGAACACAUAUGCCAGAGUUGGAGUUGAUGACUUGCAGCUAUCUGCAGUGCCACCAUAUAGGCUACGGAUGAUUGCUGAAGCCUAUUCUACUAAAGGUCUCUGUCUUGAGAAGUUGCCAAUUUCUUCUUCGGCUAGCAACCUCCAUGUGGACCGUGAACAGGAGAUUGUUACCUGCUACGAGAAGGCUGGGGAUAUUGCUCUCCUGUACCUUCAGGAGAUAGAAAGGGUGAUUAAUGCCAAUUUACAGAACAGAAGCCCUAAGCCAGGGCCCACUGCACAUGAACAAGAACUUGGUUUUUUCCUGGAAACAGGGCUUCAAAGAGCACAUGUUUUAUAUUUCAAGAAUGGGAACUUGACAAGAGGAGUUGGUAGAUUUAGAGAGUUACUAAGAGCUGUCGAAACAAGAACUACCCAAAAUCUGCGAAUGACGAUAGCAAGACAACUGGCUGAAAUUUUGUUACGAGGAAUGUGUGAACAGAGUUAUUGGAAUCCACUGGAAGAUCCUCCUCACCAAUCACCCCUAGAUGAUCCACUUCGAAAAGGUUCAAAUACUAAGAAUUACGCGCUCAGUAGAAGACCGCGGGUAUACACUGGAGAAAACAUCUUUUGUCCUCAAGAAAAUACAGAAGAAGCCUUACUGUUGCUGCUUAUUAGUGAAUCUAUGGCCAACCGUGAUGCUGUACUGAGCAGAAUACCGGAACACAAAAAUGAUCGUAUCAUCAGUUUGCAAAGUGCAUCUGUAGUCUACGAUUUACUUACUAUAGCUUUGGGAAGAAGAGGCCAAUAUGAAAUGCUCUCAGAGUGUUUAGAAAGAGCCAUGAAGUUUGCCUUUGAAGAGUUCCAUCUCUGGUAUCAGUUUGCAUUGUCCUUGAUGGCAGCAGGAAAAUCUGCUCGAGCUGUUAAAGUCCUGAAGGAAUGUAUACGUUUGAAACCAGAUGAUGCAACUAUUCCACUCCUUGCUGCAAAGCUCUGUAUGGGAUCUCUCCACUGGUUGGAAGAAGCUGAAAGAUUUGCCAAAACAGUUGUUGAUCUUGGGGACAAAACAUCAGAGUUCAAAGCAAAGGGCUACUUGGCACUGGGAUUGACUUACAGUCUGCAGGCUACUGAUGCAUCUUUGCGAGGGAUGCAAGAGGUCUUGCAGAGAAAGGCUCUUCUUGCAUUUCAGAGGGCUCACAGUUUGUCUCCAACAGAUCAUCUGGCAGCAUUUUACUUGGCACUGCAGCUUGCCAUAUCGAGACAGAUACCAGAAGCUUUGGGUUAUGUUCGUCAGGCUCUGCAGCUACAAGGAGAUGAUGCCAACUCUCUUCAUCUCCUUGCACUCUUGCUAUCAGCCCAGAAACACUAUCAUGAUGCUUUGAAUAUCAUUGAUAUGGCCUUGAGUGAAUAUCCAGAAAAUUUUAUAUUACUGUUUACAAAAGUCAAAUUGGAGUCCCUGUGCAGAGGUCCAGAUGAAGCACUCCUUACCUGUAAACACAUGCUUCAGAUUUGGAAAUCCUGCUACAAUCUCACUAACCCAAGUGAUUCUGGACGUGGGAGCAGCCUGUUAGACAGAGCUAUUGCUGAUAGACGACAGCUUAAUACAAUUACAUUACCAGAUUUCAGUGAUCCUGAAACAGCCUCUGAUACUUCCUCAUCUUCUCUCUCAAGAACAGAGUCUCCUCUACAACUGUUUGUAUCUUCUCAUCUUCCUCAUCCCAAACCAGAUACCUUUGUCUGGCCCCAUGCAGCCUCUCCAUACUGUGACCAAGUUCCUGAGCCCUGUACACCUUCUCGCUGUUCAGUCCAUGCCACAUCAAUAGCAGCUUCCAGAGUGGAGCAAGCACUGUCUGAGGUUGCUUCAUCUCUGCAAAGCAGUGCCCCGAAACAAGGUCCCCUGCACCCUUGGAUGACUCUGGCUCAAAUAUGGCUACAUGCAGCUGAGGUCUACAUAGGCAUUGGGAAGCCUGCUGAGGCCACUGCCUGUACCCAGGAAGCAGCAAACCUCUUCCCCAUGUCACACUAUGUUCUGUACAUGAGAGGGCAAGUGGCUGAACUUCGUGGAAAUAUUGAUGAAGCCAAACGCUGGUAUGAAGAGGCCUUAUCUAUUAGUCCUACACAUGUGAAAAGCAUGCAGAGGCUGGCUCUGAUACUUCACCAGCUCGGGCGCUAUAGCUUGGCGGAGAAGAUUCUCAGAGAUGCCGUCCAGGUGAACUCCACAGCCCAUGAGGUCUGGAAUGGCCUGGGAGAGGUGCUGCAGGCUCAAGGCAACGAUGAUGCUGCAACUGAAUGCUUCCUGACAGCGCUGGAGCUGGAAGCCAGCAGUCCCGUGGUCCCUUUUACCAUCAUUCCCAGAGUCCUUUGAGAGGGCAUCUCGGUCAACCUGUUUUGGUCUGACUUCUGGGUGAGGAAACCCAGUGUAUCAGGCUGCCUGGUAACUGGUUAGUAAGGAAAACUUUAGAGCUACAAGUAACAAACUCCUGUCUUUUGCGGGAAAGUGGCCAAACCGGUGAUGUGAUGCAAUAUAUUAAUGUUAGAGUGAGAGGACAGAAUGGCCAGCCAGUACCAAAUCACUCAUAUCGCCUGCAGUUUUGCCCUUGUAGUUUUAAAACAUCAUUAUAUUGUUCAUGGAUAAUGUGCCAUAUUCUGUUCGUGAUACUUGAGUCUUACAUAAAAUUAUAAUGGAAUCAACUACCAGACGUAGAAUAAUAUAUUCCCGUUAAAAUUCAGUGGCAGAGCAGACUAUUUUUAACAUGGCUGUUAAUAAAACUGUUCUCUUCCUGCCUCUCAACCUCUUUUGGCCCAAAGUCAAAAUGUGAAUUUUUCUGUUUCCAUCUCUAUUUUAGUCCAGGCCAGAGAAUCACUUGAGUUCUUGUUUUCAGUUGUUAAUAACUGUAAUGUGUGGCUAACUGUUAUCUCUAUUUAGAGCAAAGGCUGAGUACAAGAAUAUUUAUAUUUUACCAGUGUAUGCCUGUUACAAAAAAUAUAUUAGUUAUUUAAGUUUAACUUUUUUAUGUGAAUUCAGAGUUUAUUUAUCAAUGGAAAUAUGUAAAAAGAAGCCUCAAAUGGAAUAUUUACCGACAUUCCUUAUACAUGACCCACACUUGGCUAAAUGGGAAGAUUAUGUUAAUAAUAAAAUGAUUUUUAAAUGGAA